CAUACGCGCGCAUACACGAACGAAAAUGAAACUGAUCUAGUGGGCUAGUUGAACGACGAACAAAUGUCGAAGCCUCUGGUCGAAGCAAGCACGAUCAACUGGGGAUUUUCGUGUUACGUCAACACUUGUUAAAGUCAUUACAAAUCGAAUUAUCGUCGAAGCGGUUUGGUGUUCGAUUUUUUGAAAACUUAUUCUCCGUGUUACGUGCCGUGGUCGGGUGAUUUAGGGCAAAAACUGGUAAGACUACGUAGGACGCGCAUACACGGGAACAGUGUCGAAUAGAAGAUGUCCGGUGAUAUUCAAGCGAGGAAGCGAAAAGAGAAGAAACGCAAAAAAGAUGAAGAGGACAACGUUACACCGGCACCCCCACCGGCAACCGUCAAUGAAAAUUCACCACCGGACAACGUUAACAUACAUAUUUACAAAGAAAGCAGCACGGGUGGACAUUGGUGCGCGCGAAUCGUAUUCUUUACCGUACUGACGGCGCUCGUCGGAUUGAUAGGAGUAAUUAUCAUCGAGCACAGAGGUACUACGGACGUGAAUACGCCAUUGGAAUCGUCUCGGUGGGCCUACAUCUUCGAAGGAUGGGUAGACGAUUCUUUAUCCUUGUCGGAUGAAGAACAUCGCAGCGAACGCGAGGAAACGAAACAAGUGGAAGAUGAGGCCAGACGCGACGAUGAUACCAUUGAAGAAGCCGAGGUUUCGGCCGAAGAGCAGGAGGAAAAUGCGGGAAAAACGCAGGAAGCGUUAGAGGAGAAUGCGUCGAACGAGGGAGAUGAAGACUUCCAAAGCAAAGAAGAAGAUGUCGACCGCGCACGGUCCAGCCACGAGGAGGAGGAGGAGGAGGAGGAGGAAGAAGAAGAAGAAGAAGAAGAAAAACAAGGCGAAGACGACGACGACGACGGCGAAGAAGAAGAAGAAGAAGAAGAAGAAAAGGUAGACAGGCGAGACGAAGACGACGACGACGACGACGACGACGACGACGACGACGACGAAGAAGUAGAGGAAGGAGAAGAGAAAGAGGAGAAAAUUGUAUUGGAAGCCGACGAAGUCGACGACGUAUUAGAAGAAAUCGUAUCUGGUAUCGAAAAAGAAAAAAACUUGGACGAGGAGGAGAGUGUUUCGUACGAAUCGACGGACGACGAUCCAUUCGACCGAGUAUCGGAAAACGAUGGAGAUGCGUUUGAGAACACGUUUCUAGACAUUCCCGGUGCGAAUGAAAUUCAGAAUGAGAAUAUCGAACCUUUGGAAGAGGUAGAAACCGCCGAACCCGAAGAAGACUUUGACGAUGCAGACGUAAAACCAAUUAUGGAAGAGAUAGACGAAGACGAAGAGUCUGGCAGCGUGGCGAUGAAGUUCGGAGUCGGUGCGGCACUUGUUAUAGCUGCACAUAUCGUCCUCGCGAAACGAUGGAACAACGAAGAUAUCUUUGUUCAGGAUCAAGCUAAAUUAAUCUCGGAAACUGAAACGCAAAAGGUGGAAGAACGAAUCGUGCAUUCCACGUUCCCACGAGAAAAAAUGGUUAAAAUGGGAAAAUAUGAUUCGGAACGAAAAGACAAAAACGAGACGGAGGAAUUGAACGAGAGCGGGCGUAAACAAGCUGACGGGGACGAACAUGGUAACGAGGCGCGAGACGACGAGCAAGACGAGUGGGAAGAAGGAGAAGACGAAGACGAAGGCGAAGAGGAAGAGGAAGUAGAAGUGGAAGUGGAAGAGGAAGAGGAAGACGAAGACGAAGACGAAGAAGAAACGGAAAUAGAGAGGGAGGAAGAAACUCGGAAAGUGCAAUGGGAUGGGAAAAAGGAAAGCGAAACGAGACGAAAAGACCGAAUAGGGACGGAAGACAAGGACGAUAGUUCGGGAGAAGAAAAUACCGAGGAGGAGGAAGAGGAAGCAGAGGACGAAGAAAUCGAAGAUUUCGAUGACUCCGAACUUAUCGCAAAGCUCGAAGCAAAAUAUGGAAGAUUGGAUAGCGUGCAAGACGAUAACGAAGAACGGCGGCGGCGACGGCAGCGGGAAACUGUGAAAAUGCAAAGGAGAAUUUAACGAUCACACGUUCGAUGCGAUCUAUACUACGCGCAGCAUAGACGCAUAGGUAAUGGGAAAUACUAGAAUCUGAUUUCAUGCAUGAUCGCAUUGUACUCGAUAAUCGCGCGCACAUCGUGCCCGACGAUUACCUCUGUAAAAACAAAAAUAAAACUAAGCGAUGAAAAAAUAAUGCUCGUUUCGCCGAUUCGAGACGGACCAAACAGCAGUAACCAAUCGUUGCAAUAAAAUGAGCGUCUUAUUUACUUUUUAUACGUAAUAUAAAAAUUAAAUAACGUUUAACGAGCAUGGAGGAUUCGUAAAUAGUCUCGUAGAGAGAGAGAGAGAGAAGCUGGUUCACACACCUAUACACACGAAGUGAACAUUUGUACCGUUUGAUUUACGUCUGCCGACGAUACUCGGUAAGUGUUCGCGAUGUCCAUCUCGAUGAAAUUCGGACGGGUUCGUAAAGCGAGUACAAUUAUGAUGCGAACGAUAAUAUAAUAAGACAUUUGUCCAUUCGCGUCCAUUUUAGACAACAACGGACGACGCGGCGUUCAACGCGCGCGGAUGCUUUUAAAAUUAAUUCGAUCGUGUGAACGGUGGAACGUUUCCCAGCGAAAUUCUGUAUAGCUAAACGCUAAAAAAGUGUAGCAAUAAAAGAGAAUAAAAGAAAAAAGAGAUAUGUAACCUGAA